AUGAGACGCCUCAAGCUAAAAGCCAAACAAGGCGAGAUCGAGGCCAGUGGUGCCCUCGAUCUUGAAGAAGAAAAAGAAGAAACCGUUCAAGUGUUGGGUCCAUUGACCCCCACCUCCAUGAAGGUCAAUAUGCCCAAGAUCCAAAUGAUGGGUGGACCUCAUCGAUAUGAUUCUCUUCAACAAGGUCCACCGAAAGCAUUUAAUGAAGGUGUGCUUAGGAAGAUCCAAUCAAAUGUGUCUCCAUGGAUCACCACCGUUGGAGCCAGCACCAUGGACAGGGAUUUCCCGGCCGCUGUGAAGCUGGGGAAUGGUAAAUUUCUAUCUGGUGUCUCACUCUACAAAGGUCGGAGAAACCUUUCGACCAAUAAACAAUACUCACUUGUUUACAUGGGCGGCAACUCGAGCAGUCCUGAUCCGACGUCAUUAUGUUUGGAGGGUACUUUAGAUCCACAUACUGUGGCUGGAAAGAUUGUGAUUUGUGACCGAGGCAUCAGCCCAAGAGUGCAAAAAGGUAUGGUGGUGAAAGAUGCAGGUGGCGUGGGCAUGAUCAUUGCAAACACUGCUGUAAAUGGGGAAGAGCUGGUUGCAGACAGCCACCUUAUUCCGACGGUUGCCGUUGGAGAAAAAUCUGGAAACUCAAUCAAGCACUACACACUGACUAACCCACAUCCCACUGCCACUCUAGCUUUUCUUGGAACCAAGGUAGGAAUCAGGCCUUCCCCUGUAGUUGCGGCAUUCUCAUCAAGGGGACCCAAUUUGCUCACACUAGAAAUUCUUAAGCCAGAUGUGGUGGCUCCAGGAGUGAACAUUCUUGCAGCAUGGACAGGGGAUGUAGGACCAUCGAGUUUAUCGACGGAUCGCCGGAGAGUGAAGUUUAACAUCUUGUCUGGGACAUCAAUGUCUUGCCCGCAUGUUAGUGGAGUUGCUGCUCUGCUCAAGGCCAAACACCCAGAUUGGAGUCCGGCUGCAAUCAAAUCAGCUCUCAUGACCACUGCUUAUGUUCAUGACAACACACGCUACCCAAUCAUAGAUGCAUCAACUGGUGCACCUUCAAACUCCUUCGACCACGGAGCUGGCCAUAUUAAUCCCUCAAGAGCUCUCGACCCCGGCCUGAUUUACGACAUGGGCGUGCAGGAUUACUUCGAAUUCCUGUGCACACAGAAGCUGACGCCGAUGCAGCUCAAAGUCUUCACCAAGUCCUCUAAUCGUUCCUGCCGACACAUUCUUGCAAACCCAGGGGAUCUGAACUACCCAGCCAUCUCUGCAGUGCUCCCAGAUCAGCCCGCUAAUACUGUGUUGACCCUUCACAGGACCGUCACCAAUGUUGGGACUCCCGUUUCAACAUACCAUGCUAAGGUUUCCCGGUUCACUGGUGCUUCUGUCACAGUAGAGCCAAAUACCCUCCACUUCACAAGGAAAAACCAGAAACUGUCUUUCAAGAUCACAUUCACCACAAAAUCCCAGCAAUCAAAGACAAAUUUUGGAGGUUUGACAUGGACUGAUGGCAUUCACAAGGUCAGAAGCACAAUUGUAAUCACAUGGCUGCCAAAAAUAUAAACCAUUCAACAGUUAUUUUGGAGCAAGUAUAGUUGGUUUCUCAAUAAACAAAUGUAUCACGAGUUUGAUCCC